CUUCACACUGCUGCCUUCCCUCUUCUUCUUUUUCUUCCUCUUUGUCUCUCAACUCCCUCUCCUGCCUGCCCUGCCAUCGUCCGCCGCCACCACCAUCCCGGCCUUCCCCGAUCAGCAGUCUGCCUCCUCGUCCCGCACCUCUUCUUCUGCCUGCCCUCUCCACCCCCGCGACGACCUCCCCCCCGCCCCCCACAUGGAGCCGCGACAUGCCCGGCAUGCCGGCCCUGCCCGAAGACGCCGAGGCCUGCGGCGCCGCCGCCGACCGCGCCCUCCGCACCCGCGGGGUUGAGCUCCCACAGCAGGCCGAGAAUGGCACGUGCCCCGAGGAGGGCUGCAGUGACGGCGGCGCCGCCGGGUGCUACUGCGGCUUCCGGCUCCGCCGCCUCACCUGCGGCGCCACCGAGGGCAGGCGGUGGGCGCCGCCGCAUGCGGAGGCACGGCGGCUUGAGAGGGACUGCGCGCGGGUGGGGGGGCUCGCCGGGUGCUCCCGCUGCCUUCGGGCACUCAACCAGCUGAAGAGUGGCAGCAACAGCAGCGCCAGCAGCAGCAGCAGCAGCAGCAGCACCGGCGGUGGCAGCGGCAGCAGCAGCGGCAAACAGGACUGCCAGCUCAUGGGGUUGACGUGGCUGCUGACGAAGAAGAACGGCAGUCUGUACCUCCCUGCAGCUACCUCCGUCCUCCGUGUCCUUCUGGCGACCGAUACAACGGCAGAUGAUCACACCACCUGCACCGUCGCCAGUGUCAACGGCGCCAUGCCCCUUGCGGUCGACUCCGCUGCGAUCAACGGCCGCAGUGUCGCUUCCGAUGGCGUCCGACCGUCGGCAUCGUGGGCCGUCCAAUAUCUUGUCCUGCUGCUUGCUUUGAUCAUAAUCCUCCUCUCCACUCCCUCCUUUUAA